GGGAUAGAAACUAACCUGUAUUUUAAUAAAUAUUUAAUAAAAUUGUGCAUUUACUGUGAAAAUUCUCAAAUAAGUCACAAUCAUUAUGACCGAAUAUAAAAAACCGCCUGUUAACGAAGAUUUAGUUAAAUUCACACAACAAAAUGACUAUGAUUCUCUCGCAAAAUACUUGAUAGGCAAUGUUUACCGAUAUCGUGAAAAUAUAAUUAUACCCAGAAUUUUGGGUCCUGUUAUAAUCAAAACAAACGAAGAGAAAAUGAUUGAAUCUACAAUUGAAAGUUGUCCUUUUAAAUCAUUGACUAGUUGUAUCAUAGGAUAUGGUCUUGGAGCAGCUGUCGGUUUAUUCACAUCAUCAUUAAUGCCAAAUAUGACAGACCCCAUGGCACAACAGAAUCAAACUGCAAGAGAAAUAUUACGAGAAAUGAAAAAUUCCAUGAUAAGUUAUGCAAAGAACUUUGCUAUACUCGGAGCUGUGUUUUCUGGUAUUGAGUGUUGUAUAGAAAGUGCAAGGGGAAAGUCUGAUUGGAAAAAUGGCACAUAUGCCGGUGGGGUUACAGGGGGACUUAUAGGAUUACGAGGUGGUUUGAAAGCUGGUAUAUUCGGUGCUGCUGGAUUUGCUGCAUUUUCAACUGUUAUUGACUAUUAUAUGCAUCAACGUGGUUAGAGAUGAGUUAUAAAUUUAUUGUUUUGUAAAUGUUAAUUAGCUAUUAAAUUAUUAAUAAAAAAUAGAAGU